CCCCCACUUGGCCUCUAGUUCGACUGGCCUUCCACUCCAAAACAUCUCAAAACAAUUCCCUCCUCCAGCAAUUUCUCGAAUUGGUUCUCUUCGCUUGUCAAUAAACCCUCCAUCGGUGACGAGAACUCCCCCCCAGCAAUAGCCUCUUGCACCUAAAUAGCCGUUAUCCAAAUACCCCACCAGAGCCACCAAAACAACCAUGCCUGAGCACGAGGAAGAUCUUGUCGCCUCCAAGACUGAGGGCUUCAAGGUCGGCGAGAAGAAGUCCAUCAAUGAAUAUGCAGAAUUGGAUAAGGAAGACGAGGCCUUGAACCGCUGGAAGGCCUCACUCGGCCUCAACUCCGGCACCCCGAUUGGCGACCCCAGCGAUCCCCGCAAGUGCAUCAUCAAGUCCCUGGCCCUGGAGGUCGAGGGUCGCCCGGAUGUGGUGAUCGACCUCUCGGCCCCCGGCGCACUUGAGGGUCUCAAGGACAAGCCCUUCACCAUCAAAGAGGGCGCCACCUUCCACAUCAAGGUCGUCUUCCAAGUGCACCACGAGGUUCUCAGCGGCCUCAAGUACCUGCAGGUCGUCAAGCGCAAGGGUGUCCGCGUCAGCAAGGACGAGGAGAUGCUGGGAAGCUACGCCCCCAGCACCACCGACAAGCCAUUCUACGAGAAGAAGUUCAACCCUGAAGAGGCUCCCUCGGGCUUCAUGUACCGUGGCCACUACAACGCCAUCUCCAAGUUCAUCGACGACGACGACCACACUCACCUCCAAUUCGAAUGGGCCUUCGACAUCGCCAAGGACUGGUAGAUGUUUUUCUCGGUUUUCGUUAUUUCGUUUAUCUCUUCUUUCCCCCUGCUCCUUCAUGGCUCCUCCUAUGAAACUAUGACUAAAUCUCCCACAUUUCCUUGAGCAGCAGCAUCAUACUUCCUUUGCCAGUAUUUACCAGCGUUGGGACGCAUUACCAUUGAACUCUGAAUUUAUUUUUGUGUUAAAACACCCUAUCCUUUUACUCUCCCGGGCUUGGAAGCAACUGGCCCGUAUCCUGCGUUCCUUAUCUCAUCCUUGAUAUGCUGAGAUAUAAAGAUUGGAACUAUAUAAAU